GGCGGCGGCCUGCAGCAAUUUCUCCUUCUGCGUUUGAGAGCACAAAGAAGUGGGCCACCAUGCCAACUGUGGUGGUGAUGGAUGUGUCUCUUUCCAUGACUCGGCCAGUCUCCAUCGAGGGCUCUGAGGAGUAUCAGCGGAAGCAUCUAGCAGCCCAUGGCUUGACCAUGCUGUUUGAACAUAUGGCCACUAACUACAAGCUGGAGUUUACUGCCUUGGUUGUGUUUUCAUCACUCUGGGAACUGAUGGUUCCCUUCACAAGAGACUACAAUACACUCCAGGAAGCCCUGAGUAACAUGGAUGAUUAUGACAAAACAUGCCUGGAGUCAGCCCUGUUGGGGGUUUGCAAUAUUGUGCAACAGGAAUGGGGUGCUGCCAUUCCCUGCCAGGUGGUCCUUGUCACUGACGGCAGCUUAGGCAUUGGCAGAGGCUCGCUCCGCCACUCUUUAGCUACUCUCAGCCAACGAAGUGAAAGCAACCGGUUCCCACUGCCGUUCCCUUUUCCAUCAAAGCUAUACGUCAUGUGCAUGGCCAAUCUGGAGGAGCUCCAGAACUCAGAUUCUUUAGACUGCCUUGAACGGCUCAUAGACUUAAACAAUGGGGAAGGGCAGAUUUUUACUAUUGAUGGACCGCUUUGCUUGAAGAAUGUACAGUCCAUGUUUGGAAAGCUAAUAGACGUAGCUUAUACACCCUUCCAUGCUGUCUUGAAAUGCGGCCACUUGUCUUCGGAUGUGCAAGCCUUUCCAAGGCCAGAACCUUUCGUUAUAGAUGAGGAAAUCGAUCCAAUCCCUAAAAUAAUUAAUACAGAUCUGGAAAUAGUUGGGUUUAUUGACAUAGCGGACAUCUCAAGUCCCCCCGUCCUGUCUAGGCACUUGGUAUUGCCCAUUGCUCUCAACAAAGAAGGUGAUGAGGUGGGUCCAGGGAUUGCGGACGAUGUUGAAGAUGAGAAUUCCGCCAAUCAGAUAGCGGGGAAAAUCCCCAACUUCUGUGUCUUGCUGCAUGGCAGUCUGAAAGUGGAAGGCAUGGUGGCCAUUGUUCAGUUGGGGCCUGAAUGGUACGGGAUGCUGUAUUCUCAAGCUGACAGCAAGAAGAAAUCAAACCUGAUGAUGUCUCUCUUUGAGCCAGGACCGGAGCCGCUCCCUUGGCUGGGGAAGAUGGCCCAGCUGGGCCCCAUCUCAGACGCUAAAGAGAAUCCAUACGGUGAAGAUGAUAACAAGAGUCCCUUUCCCUUGCAACCCAAGAAUAAACGCAGUUAUGCGCAGAAUGUAACUGUGUGGAUUAAGCCAAACGGCCUCCAGACUGAUGUGCAGAAGAUACUUAGGAAUGCAAGAAAACUUCCUGAAAAAACACAGACCUUCUACAAGGAACUGAAUCGCUUACGGAAGGCGGCCCUGGCCUUUGGGUUUCUGGACCUGUUGAAGGGCGUGGCGGAUCUACUCGAGAGAGAAUGCACUCUUCUCCCGGAUACUGCCCACCCCGACGCUGCCUUCCAGCUGACCCAUGCAGCUCAGCAACUCAAAAUGGCAAGCAUUGGCACUUCGGAAUAUGCGACUUAUGACCACAACAUUACACCGCUGCAGACGGACUUCUCCAGCAGCGGGACUGAGCGAAUGUGAUGGCCCUUUUUUGCCCAGACACCCCCCCCCCCCAAAGUCAUCAGUGUGUCCAACCUCAUCAACACUUACGUUCCCUUACUGUUGUAUUCCAUGCUUGCUCAGUGAGAGCGGACUGAACGUCAUUUGUUAUUAAAUUUAUUACAUUUUUA